AUGUGUCAACUCUCUAACUGCUCUCGACUCUCAGAUGAAGCUUCUUUAGCUGUCCCCAUUUUUCUCAAUCUAGUCAUCCUUAAUGCCCGGUGUGGUUCUGGGUGGUGGGGAGAAGUUUUGUGUUCGGUUGUAAGAGAAGGUGUUUACAGAAGAAUGAGUGAUCGAGGACGUAACGAUGGUGAUGUAAAACGGAAUAGCGUGAGUAGUGGGAGACCGGCUAGUGGUAGCAAUGCAAGUCCACGUAAUGCGGUAAAGGAAGAACGGAUAGAAAGGAAUGAGCGUGAUCGUACUGGUCGAACAUCUUCCAACGAAAGGUUUUUUUUUCUGAAUUAG